AUGUCUGACCCUCCAAAGCAUGGCUGUAGACAUCUGAAAGGUUCCAAGAACCAGCCUGGUGUGAAAAAUGUUGGACAGCCCCACAAAAAUGGGCAACCAGCCCAUGCUAGGAACACAAAGGAUAAAGAUCCAUCUCAUGUUGCCUCAGUAGGGCCAAGUGCUCCUCUAGCACCAACUCCUAGCAGUCUUUGCACCUUGUUCUCCCAAAUGGUCCAUAUGAGUAUUGUGACUGUUGUCCCAUCUCCUAUCCAUGAGUCACUGGAAGAGCAACCUGCACUCCCAUCCAGCCCACUGCCACUGUCUUCCCUCGCUGCUAGCUUGCUUGAUGCACAAUCUGACCCAAUGGGCUGUUCCCUCUGCGCACAGCCAACCACACCUGAACCUCACCAACCAAUGCCAACCAACAGUGACUUGGAGUAUUGCACUAGCAUCAUAUCAUGCAGGGUAAUGGUGCAAAACCUGUAUGAGUCAGAUCUCAAGGCUAACAAUGUCCAUGAAGGAGAUGAGGAUAAGGAUGGGGAUAUGCUGGAGGAGUUCACCCUCACCUGUGAGGAUGUGGACCUUGAGGAUGAAGCAGAGAGUGCUAGUGACCAGCCCAUGACAGUUGAUGCAGAGCAUGAGAUCUCAAAUGGCCAGACAGCAUGUACACCCUACUCUGCCAGCAUGGCUGCCAAGUGA